AUGGAAAUGCUCACGCAGAACCGAUGGAAGAAGCAAGCGAGCGCUGGCCUGCUGGAGAACUGCACGGGCUGCGUCCUGUGCUCGGAGGACAACGGCUGCAUCACUUGCCACCAUCGGCUCUUCCUGCUCAUCUGGAGGGACGGCAUCCGCCAGUAUGGGAUGUGCGUCCACACUUGCCCCCCCGGCUACUUCGGCGUGCGGGGGCUGGAGGUCAACAGAUGCACAAAGUGCAGGUCGCCCAGCUGCGAGAGCUGCUUCAGCAGAGACUUCUGCAUGAAGUGCAAAGACAAGUUUUACUUGCACAAGGGCCAGUGCUUUCGGCAGUGCCCCCCCAGCACCGCGGUGCAGCCCGGCACCCGGGAGUGCCAAGAGAUGUGCGAGCCGGGGCCGUGGAGCGAGUGGAGCGCCUGCACUGCCUGCGGCUGCAAGUGGGGUUUGGAGACGCGGGUCCGGGAGGUGACAGGGGCCACCAAGGAGGAGGGGACCAUCUGCCCUGCACUGCUGGAGACGAGGAGGUGCCGCAUGAGGAAGCACUGCCCUGGAGAGAAAACCGAACCCAAAAAUAAAGGCAAAAAGCGACAGAAGAAGCCGAAGACAGAACCGCACGUGGGUACCUAG